UGAUAGACAGAUGAUGACGUCACGCUCUGAACAGCGGCUCAAAGUUUCGCAUCCGGUUGAAAAUAAUAUUAUUAGCCUUAAAAUAAAGCGUCACCUGCCCAUAAUCGCGAUCUGUCAGCGGCCUCACCGACCUCGGGAUCCCACCACGGAUGUGUCUUAUUCGGGGUUCGUGUUUUCAAAGCAUUAUAAUACUCGCAGACGGAUGUCAACAAAGUCGCUGGUUAGCUAGCGAAUGCUAACGAACAGCCUGUUCGCCGCUGUUGAGACUCAAAUCUUGGGGCUGCUGUUAACCUUCCCAUCGAGCCGGUUUGGGGACGUGUGUUUGUCCCCCUCCUCCUCAGAGAUGGGCAGUCAUUUCCGCAGCUACGUCUGGGAUCCAGUCCUCAUCAUCUCCCAGAUUAUUCUCAUGCAGUGCAUCUACUACAGCUUCUUGGGUCUGUGGUUGGCUGGCGUUGAUGGUUUGGUCCACACCAGUAGAUCUCUCGACCAGGUAUUCAAUUACGAGGUUCUUGGCUUUUCUACAACUCAGGGUCGCUUGUCUAUGAUGGCAUUCAUUCUGAAUUCUCUCACAUGCGCUCUUGGCCUGUGGUUUUUCAUACGACGGGGAAAGCAGUGUCUGGACUUCACCGUGACGGUGCAUUUCUUUCACAUGAUCGGCUGCUGGAUCUAUAACGCCCAUCUCCCGGCCGCCCUGUCAUGGUGGUUGGUCAACGUGGCCUGCAUGGCCCUCAUGGCGGUCAUCGGCGAGUACUUGUGCAUGCGGACAGAGCUCAGAGCCAUCCCUGUCAACACGGCACCUAAAUCCAACCUAUGAGGACUGUUUAGAGACUGUUUAGGGUGUGUACGAUGUCACGCAUCGGCGGGACUGGCCUGUUGACUAACACUGCGGUGGUUUUCCAGGAGGAUGAGUAGAAGUGACUUGGUUGUUCUGUGAUGUUUUGGUCACAUCACUGUAUUUAAUCUGGAUGACGUUGAGACGUGCCACAUGGGUUUCAUGCUGCAUCGCCUGAUGAUCCUGCGACUUCCCUCAAUCAGCAUUAUGGCAUCAUUCACAUCAUUUCAAAAAGACUAUUGUAAUUAUUCUUAUUUAGGACCAAUUCUUCAUCAUUCAUGGAUGGCUACUGAAAAUAUGACAGUGAUGGUCUGUUUUAAACGUACAGAAAGCAUCAUAUCUUAUGUGUAAAUCUUUAUCUAAAUAAAAUACAAUGUAAUUCUCAAUACUUGGAUAAUGGUUCCUAUUGCUUUGGAUAGAAUUGUAGUUUUCAUGUUAUAUCAAGUCAUUCUUUUACAAUUACCAGUGGCAGUGUUUCAUUGACCUCAAAUGUAGUUUCUUAAAUUAGUUUAAGUCAACAUGAAAUCAAAUCUGACGCUGUUUGAUUUCUUGAUGCAUGUUCCUGUUAUUGAGCUUGUAGUCCCAAAGCACAAAGUUAAAAGUUACUGCCUGCUAAGGUUUUUUUUGUCAUUGUUUGUCCUCAGAAAUUGAAUUUCAGAAAUCUCAGUAAAAUGGGUUGCAAAUAAUGUCUGUUUACUUCAAUGUAUUUUGCUUCUGAUUUUGACCCACGUGACCGUCAGAUACAAUCAGGAUCUCUUUCAAGAUUUGUUUGCAGUGAGUAAUUGAGUGAUUUUUUUCACUUACUCUGCAAUAAAUCAGAAACUGCCGUAUCUGUAUAAAUCUAUGAUCUUUGUUUUUCAAAAGUGUGAGCUUUGGCUUCCUAAAAAGUGUAUAUUUUCUGUUAACCCUGCAACAUCCUGUUUCUGAAACACUUUAAGACCGCAUAAUACUGACUACUAAAAAAAAAAAAAAUACUAUAGAAAGGCUUAAUAUUAACUAUCAUGAUAAUUUCAGGCUCAAAAUAUAAGCUUGGAAAGUGCAAAAGGUGUUGCAACCAGUCUGACAUCGUGCUGUGUUGCAGGCCCUUUUUCAGUGGUUCUGCUUUUGCUGGGACUUUGUAUCUUUGAGUGACUGAACAACAUGAAACAUUAGAGCUGCACAGUGAAACAUCUCAUGGCAGCUGCAUGGUUUUUCACACAUGUGGAAUAAAAGAUGUUAUUUUCUCAAAAGUUUUGCCAGAAUAAAAAUAUACUCUGCCAAGUGA